UCUUGCAGACGCGCGCAACUUGACUCAGGAAGUAUACAUUUUAUUUUCAUGUCGUUUUCGUGCUAGCAAGGAAAGUCAUCUGAAAUCCAGAAAUAUAGAGGUGGCUUGUUUAAAAAACAACACAGCUGAGACGAAAAUGUCCGCUGGUCCCGAGUCUACACAUGUGUCAUCGCUUGGGAAGGGCGACAAUUUGCAUCAACAGGUUCUCGCCUCCUUCCCUCUGUGUGACAUGACCGAGGAGGAUCUGACCCAGAACCCCCAGUUCUGUAAACUCCUGGCCACCCUAGCUCAACAUGUAGACCAAACUGGACUCACUGUGUCACUGAAAGCAGAGCUGGAAAAGGCUGAGCAGAAGCUGCAGACCCAAAGGUGUCACUGGCUGCGCUCUGAGAGCCUCCACAGAGGACUGCAGGAGAUGAUCCAGGACCACUGUGUCAGGAAGCACCAUGCCGUUGUACCCCCUGACCAGAACAUGUUCUAUGAGACAAUGGAGAAGUGCCUGCUGGUGGCUCAGUGUGUCAGACAGCUGGAUGCUAGCAGCACUACCGGCCAGGACCAGCCCUCUGUUCUGGGCCUGAACACCCAACAAGUGAUGGAGCUCAUGCCAUUAGAGAAGAAUGUACAAAGAAUGAAACAGAGUCUGCCCAGAGAGCUGGAGAAACAUCUCAAGAAAAAGUGCCUGAACCUCCUCUCGUACUAUCAGCCUGAAUGGGAGAAUGAGAGUGAGGGUCUAAAGAACACCAAGUUGUCUCAUCUGUCAGUCCAGAUGGACAAAGAGAAGAAAAGAGCGGAGAGUCUGAGGGAGACCUGCAGGGAAAACACAAUUCUCCUGCAGAGACAGACUCAACUCUACCUCUCUGAGCUGAUUAAAUCCAUUCAGCUUCUCCAGUCCCUCAUCUUGGAUCACAGGCUGAAGAUCCAGACAGAUUUGGACAGGAAGAAGUUAGACUACUUUGAGGGAAAAUGUGAAUUAGUCUUACAGAAAAUAAAGGCAGAGAUGAUAGAAAUCCAGUUGGACACAUACACAGCUGACUCAAUAUCUGCUCAUAGAAAGAUGAGAGAGAAGCUGGAGUUGGAGCUGAAGGCCUGUCAGGUGGAGAAGCAGUCUGUGGAGUUAAAACUGGCCUCCUUUGAGAUCUUGGGCAAAGAGUUUGAGACCCUGGCUGAGGAGUACUGCAGAUUACAGCAGGAGAUAGAGAUGAAAAACUGGGCUCUGAAGGAGUUCACCCAGUACAAUGACAAGUGAAGAGCAUAUCUGAUUCUGGGAUAACAGCCAGCCAUUCCCUUUUCCCAAUGACGUGCUGGCUUUUGGACGCUUGACACAGAACCCUGUGUGGAGUUUUGGCUUCGGGUAACUAUGUAGCAUGUACAGCAGUGAGUGCGCUAACUGAAGGCUCCGAUUAUAGUUCUGUUCAGUCCACUUCAAUAAAUAAAGUUUUAUAUGGUCACUUUUGUUUUCUA